ACCUUCCGCCCGCCCCACCCUAGCCCAGAGCUGUCCACUGGGGCUGGGGGCUGGACAUGUUCCCCCAACCCCAGCCUCCCUUAGGACGGGUCGGCAACAUCUCGUGCCUGCUGCUCUUAGCUGUCAGCAUCUCUUCAGCUGCAGGUGCUCUGCUGCUUCCUACCAGUGUGACAUUGGAUACUCUCUCCAUUGAUGGAAAGCACUGUGAGUGUGGUCUGGGGAUCAGCCGGGAGGCCCUGACCACCCUGCUCAUUGUCCUGGGCGGCGUCAGCGUGAGCUGCUUCUCAGCCCUGCUCCUUGUGGUCGUCAGCAUUAUUCGGACCAAGAGGGACAUUAGAUCAGGCUUCACUUACUGAUAAACCCUCUUUCCUUGUGUGCAUACCUCCCAUUGGUCCUCUGGAGGAGACCAAGCUUCCUUGUACUUGGUCACUCUUGGAGUGGGCAGCCUUCCCAACUUCUCUGUUAUGAUGCUGUGAUGUGGGGCUUGGAACUGUAAGCGCACCCAAAGUUCUUUGCUGAGGGGUGGGCAUCCGCCCAUAUGUGCCCCCUCCUUGCCCUUGACCCUCGACUUUGGCUGAAACACCGCUCACUCAAUCAUAGGACGUCAUCUCAGUGUUUAGUGAUGGGGAGCUACUCUCGAAUGUGCCCACUAUCUCACUGUAUGCUACAAGGAAGCCACAGACACGUAACACCUGUGGAAAUGGACCCAAAGAACAAAGGACAUUGUGUGGCAGCCGACCCCUUAAAUGUUCCAUCAAAGAACUGUUUCAUAGAGAGUUGUGAGAUGGUUGAGUUGGUGGAGGUCUCUAAAGCCAUGGAGGAAGUUCUGGAAUUUCCAGUCUUGAAGAAACAACCAACACUGUCUUUGGAAGAGCCACCCUUGGAGGGCAAUUGAGGAGGAAGUAGGAUGGACGCUGAAGAGACGAUGGGGAGAGGGGAAAAAAAUUAAUACAUUUUUUUAUCACUGUCUGGA